GUGCCGCGGCUCCUUCUCUACUAACCCUGUCGCCGGCGGUGGCGGCCGCCGCAACGAACGGACCACAGGCGCUGAGGCGCUUCGCGCCGGGUCCCCAGCCACCCCGUACAUCCGCCCGCCCUCCGGCGAAAGCAGCGGCGGAGGCAGCGGCCGCAGUGGUGAUGGUGGACCCUCCGCCCCGCCCGGAGGAAGCCUCCACGCGUAUACCACCCAACAGAGGCCGCGGUGGCUUUGUUACCCAGGCUAGGAAGGGCCCGGAGGGGGCCGCCUCAGCCCCUGAUUUCGCCGCGGCGCGCACCCUGACCCCACUUCCCGACCCGAGCCACUGCCGCCCCUCGGCCUCCCUGCCGAAGCGGCAGCCUUUCAGGCCCAGGAUCCGGCCGGGCCUCGAGAGGCGGCCUCCGUUCGGGCCCAUCCUAGCCGGGCCGCAUCCAGCUCGCUGCCUCCCUUGCCCUCUGCCCAGUGUCGACGGCCCGCAACGUCGGCUUUGGGUGAGCGGGGCGCAGCGCCUCACCGAAUUUAAGGCGAAGAGGAAAGAGCCAGAAAUCCCCGAUGUAGCGGCAACUGCGGCGGUGUCUCCUCUGCGACCGGAACUAACGCCAGGAGGAGGAGGGAGAGGUGCCACCCCCGCCCGGACCGCUCUCCUAUCGCGAGAUUUCUUCCCCUGGCCCCACCCCGGCGGCCCGCUUAGAUCUUGGCCGAGCGCCUCCGCCUUUUCCAUUCCGCGCGGGUUAAGGAGCGAGGAGGACACAAACCGACGGUUCAGAGGGGGAAAUUCUGCCCUCCAACCGCGGCCCUCGCGCUCUGCAGCGGUUGUCUCCCGAGUGUGAUGGCAGUGGGGACUUGGAGAGCAUCAGAAUCCCUUGGAGGACUUGUUAGAACAGAUUGCUGGGCCCCACCUGCAGUUUCUGAUUCUGUAGGCCUGGUGUGGAGCCCGUGAAUGUGCCUUUCCGACAAGUUCUCUGUGAUGUUGCAGCUGGUCUACGGACCACACCUUGGGAACCCCUCAGUUAGAGGGUGUAUCAUCAGGGAGCUGGGGUACGAUCAGAUAAGAUAGUACGUGUGAAAAGCACUGGGGACCUGCCAAAAGUCUGCUGAUAGAGAUGCACAGCGCCUUUAGAAUGUAGCCCCAUGUUUUUAUUCACUGUGCCGCAGUUUGCUUCUCUCUAGUUGUUUCCCUACUCUCUGGUAGAAGAAUGGCUUCUCUUCCCUAAACCUUUUAAUAAAAUAGUCUGUAUUAGUUGACUUCUUUUGCUUAAUUAUCUGACCUCUAUCACCCCACCCCCACGCAACCUCAUGGAAAAUUACUUCCUCGACGUUCUUUUCUGAAAUUAUUGCCAAACCCAGUCAUUCUUUCAUUCUUCACCCUGUUUGCCUCCGCUGAGCAUUGAGUGUUACCUGCCUCCUUGAAUCGGGUCUGCAAUUAUCCUGGUUACGCUCUGAAUGUGCCCUUGUACAGUUAUUUGCUGACUCUUCUGUAUUGACACCUUUUCUUUCUGCAUACUUUCUUCUGUGGCAGUCUCAUACAUUCUCAAGGAUUUAACGUUUACUCCGCUUAAAAGAGUUCCAAGAUCAUCUAUUGAAUCAUUAAGCAAAUAUUUGUUAAAUCCAGGCUCUAUGCCCUUCCAAGUUGAGGCAACAGCAGUGGGAAGGAGGCAGGAAAGAAAUGGAUCUGUUGGAGGAACUGCAGGAAGCUAGUGUGACUGGGAAGGCUGUGGGGAGCAGAAGGAAGUGGCCGGAGUCAGAUCUCUGUCUCUUACCCGGUCCUUUCUCCCAAGCCCCCAGUCCACACUAUCCGGUAUCUUCACUGCCCGGUCAAUUUAACACUGUCAGUGCUGUUGAUUGCUCUUCCCCCAGAACUAUAUUUUUCACAUCUGAAGUUCUGUUAAAGGUACAACGUUUCACAAAUAAAAAUCAUAACUAA